AUGGGAUUCGUACCGAUCAGGCUCUUGCCGCUAUUUGGCCUUGUCUUCUUCCAAACCACGGUCGCCAGCAACUCCUCGAUUGAAAAUGCCAAAAUCAACGACAUCACCGCGGACAUCUGCAUAAUUGGAGGUGGAUCGACUGGCACAUAUGCCGGCAUCAAGCUCAAAGACGAGGGAAAAAAGGUUGCUAUCGUCGAGCGUGACGAUCACCUUGGUGGACAUAUAGGAACGUUGUACGUGGACGGCAAGCCUGUCGACUAUGGAGUUCAAGGCUUCUUCAAUACGGAAACUACACUCAAGUAUUUCAAGCGACUCAAUGUGUCACACGAGCCACUGCUGCCGGCUUCACUUGAAAACCAUUACAUUGAUUUUCGGACGGGGAAAAAAGUGAAAUUCGACGGGAACGCAAUCAACGUGACGGCAGCAUUGCUGUUGUACUCUGCGACAGUUUCCAAAUUUCGAGGCAUCGCCGAUGGAAGCUUCAACUUGCCGGACCGUGUCCCAGAUGAGCUUUUGAUGCCGUUCGGAGAGUUUAUCGACCGGUACAAAUUGCAGGGCGCACUCCCUAUAACGUGGACGUUCGCACAUGGCUCAGGUAACAUGUUGGCCGCGCCCACUCUCUAUGUCCUCCAGCUUUUUGGACAGCCGCAUAUCAACGCGCUUUUUAGAGGUUAUGUCAGAGCCAAACGUGGGACUGCUGAAGUUUAUAAGAAGGCCGCCGAAGUCCUGGGGUCAGAUGUCAUUUAUAACAGCCGGAUUAUAAAGGUCACCCGUUCCGAGCAGGGAGUUGUGGUCCUGCUAAGAAACUGCUCGUCACCAUGGUUCCUACUCUUCGCAACCUUGAAAGGUUUCGAUAUUGACAACAGAGAAAGGUCACUUUUUCCAGCAAUGGCUGUGGACAAAUCUAUUAUGUCGGAAUUUGUCAAAAACAGUGGCCUCCCCGAGACCUCCAACAUUAUCAACUUGGACCCAACAAAACCUGCUCAGCUUCCACAGAUGCCCUUUGUGUGGCACUUGGAUUUUAUGGGUGUUCCCGGUUAUCACACCAUUAAAAUCGUCGGCGAUUCGGAACUAUCAGAGUCGGAGGCCAAGCAGCUCAUUCUUGGUGGUAUCGACCGGAUGGGCGCCGCGGGAACUUUUCCGAUUAAGAGACCCGAACUCGCCGCCUGGGGACGCCAUAUACCAUUGACCCUGGCUGUCUCGAACAAGGCAAUUAGGGGGGGAUUUUAUCGAGAUUUAUAUGCGCUGCAGGGUCACAAAAACACGUUUUAUACUGGGCUUUCAUUCUGUUCGGACUAUUCCACCCUGCUUUGGGAUUUCACAAAUAAAGUCCUCGAGCGAAUGAAUCUCUGA